AUGACGUAAAUUUCAAAUGCAAAGUAUGUUAAUCAGGUACUUUAAGAUACAGAGAUGGAACAUGUAUUAAUUAUUAGAGUUGUAAUCAAACACAUCAAUCAAGGGUUUAAAAUUAUUGUAAGGAUUUAGAUGAUGAAACACCAUGUAAUAAAUAAAUUUAAUAUAGAUUCAUAAUUAUUGAUAAAAGAAGAUUUGAAUCAAUUUGAAUUAGAUUAUUACCCUGAAUACACUUUAAUGUUUCAGACUGGUGAAAAUUUUUUAAAAGGAUUUGAUAGAUAUUUUUCAUUUUGGGAAGGAUAAAGAAUAUUAGGUGGUUAGUUUAUUUGGGCAUAAGCCAGAUUUAGAAGAGUCCAUUAAAAUCUGGGGCCUCAUCAUAGUAUUUCGAUAGGUUUUUAUGUAUUAUUUGGUCCUUCUUUUCAAUCAAACGGAUAAUUUAUAUAUCAAAUUGAUUAAUAACCUGCAUUUUAUACAUCAGCAUUGCAUGCAUUAUAUUCAAUUUAUGGCCCUAAAUAUUAGAUAAUAAGAAAAAAAGUGGAUCAUUCUCUAAAUAAUUUAACAUUAGAAUUAGAAUGCUUUGGAGCAAACAAUGAAGUAACUUAAGCUUAUUGUGGAUUUUAUAAUUAUUAUUUAGCUAUUCAUUAUUGUUAACCAUUUUGUUUAUCAUGCAAAGAUGAAAAAACAUGUACUAGCUGGAAUAGCACUUAUAAUUCAAACUUAAUAUAAUUUUCUUCAACAGAAUGUUUAUCAAAUUAAUAUUUUGAUGAAUAUAAAUUAUAAUGCCUCAAUUGUGAACCUCUUUGUCCAACCUGUAAAUCAAAACGGGUUUGUUUGACUUGCUUAAAUCCAACCUAUACUUUAACUAGCUUUGGAUGUUUUUGCAAAUAAAACCAAUAUGAAGAAUCUAAUUAAUGUUAGAAUUGUCCAAUUUAAUGUAAUUAAUGUUUAAGUUAUACCUAUUGUACUGAAUGCUUAUCAAAAAAUAACAGAAAAUUAUCUAAUGGAUAAUGUCUCUGCACAGAUGGUUAUUAUUAAAAAGAUUAAAAUAUUAUGUGCUCAUUAUGUGAUAAAUUGUGUGGUACUUGUUUUGGUCCGACAUCGAAUGAUUGUUUAACUUGCAAUGGUGAGAUUUUUAAGAUUGAAUUAGUAAAUUCUACUUGUUAAUGUCCAACUAAUUAUUUUUAUUAAAACUCUGGCAAUAAAUGUACAAUUUGCCAUUCAACUUGCUUAACAUGCUUUAAAGGUAGUAUUGAUGGUUGCUUAUCUUGCGAUUCUUAAUAAAAUAGAUCAUUAAAAGGAUUAAAUUGUAAAUGCACAACAGGAUUUUAUACCAAUGAUGAUGAUAUUUGUAUUUAAUGUCCUAAUGAUUAAGAUGUAUCACUUUUAGAAUGUUAUAAAUAUUGUGAUGAUGGUGAUCUAAUAUGGAAUACAGAUCCAUGCAAUAAAUGUGGAUAAGGGUUUACUUUAAUAUCUAAUGAAUGUAUUCCAAUUUUUGGGGAUUUGUAAGUUGUUGGGUAUGAGUAAUGUGAUGAUGGUAAUAGCAUUUCAUAUGAUAAAUGUUAUAAUUGCUAAUUCUAAUGUCCAAUAAAUUGUUAGUCUUGUGACAUAAACACGAUAUUACCAUGUUCAGAUAUUUGUGGAGAUGGAUUGGUUACUGGAGAUGAAGAAUGUGAAGAUGGAAAUGACAUAUAAUUUGAUGGAUGUUUUAAUUGUAAAUAUUAAUGCUAAAAUGAAUGUACAAAAUGUAUAAAGGGAAAAUGUUUUGAAUGUGCUACUUUGGGAUGGUAAAUCGAUAUCUCAUCUUAAUCUUGGCUUUGUAAGGAAAUUUGUGGAGAUGGUUUACAAGUUGGAAUUGAAGAAUGUGAUGAUGCUAAUUUCAAUGACUUUGAUGGAUGUUUUAAUUGCAAAUUUCUAUGUAGGAUUGGAUGCUCUUAAUGUGAUUAUGAACUGAGAAAAUGCUUGAGUUGUGAAUUUCAUGGAUUUGAGCCUUAUGAAUAUUAUUGCUAACCUAUCUUAAACGAUGGAUUACUUGUAUAUGAUCCAUAUGGAUUCUAUUAUGAGAAAUCUCAUACUAACAUUAGGUGUGAUUAAAAUUGUAAUAAUUAAUUUAGUAAUUGUGGAUCAUGUGGUGGGGUUUUAGGCAAUUUUAAAUGCUAACUAUUAGAAUGUAAUAGUUGCAUAAAUAAUAAAUGCCAAGCUUGUAUAUCUGGACAAAAUCUUUCAAGUAAUAAUAUUUGUUAACCAAUUUGUGGUGAUAAUAUAAAAGCCGAAAAUGAAUAGUGCGAAGACUUCCAAAUAUUGCCAUAUAGAGGAUGUUAAAAUUGUAAAAAAAAAUGUUAAGAUUAUUGUUCUAAAUGUGAUACUAGAGGAAGAGGAUGUUUUGAAUGCAAAGAAGGUUACAAAUUAAUUGACUUUUUAUGUUAUUCUUAAUGUGGCAAUUUUUUAAUUACAUAUGAUAAAGAAUGUGAUGAUGGAAAUUUAAUUCCUGAUGAUGGUUGCCACUUUUGCUAAUUGAAUUGCCAAAGCUCUUGUCAAAUUUGUAUACAAGGAACUUGCCAUGAUUGCCAAGAAGGCUAUCAAUUAAUUUAGUCAAAAUGUUUUGCUAUUAUUAAUUCUUAUGAAUAAUAUAAAUAUUCCAAUGAUGUUGAAUGCUUGCUAUUAAAUAUGAAAACGAUUAUGAAACAUAAUAACUACGGAUGGAAUUAAAUUAUAUUACUAAAUAGAAUAUUUCUUGUAAAUUCUGUUUUAUUAAUUGUGAAAUAUCUUCUGAUGAAUCUUGUAUAGGCUGUUAAUAAGAAUAUUAUUUAAAUGAAGAACAAAAAUUUCAAUCUAAGUGCGGUGAUGGUAUCCUUACAUAAUAGGAAUAAUCUGAAUUAAAUAACAAAUACUGCUUUAAUUACAGUUAUAUUCAUCUUUAAUAUUGCUUAAAUCCUUUGGAUUAUAAUCGUAUCAUGUGUAUUAAUGGCUAUUAUUUUGAUGAAAUUAAAAGUUGUGGUAAUAGUUUUUAAGGAUUUUGUUAAGGUUAUUUAAUAGAACAGUAACUUUCAAUUUAAAAAAAAUCUUACAUUUCUUAAUUGGGAGAUGCUUUCAUGACUCAUGAUGAGGAAUGUAAUGUAGGUAAUUUAUUAAUUUAUGAUGGAUGUCAUGAAUGCAAAUAGUCUUGCCCUAAAAAUUGUAGAGUUUCUUAAUUUGGAAAAUGUUUAGAGUGUAAAAGUUAAUAUCUACUCUUAGAAGGCUAAUGUUUAGAUAUUACUGAGAAUAUAGAAAACACUAUGGUAGAAAAAAGAAAGUGCUUCGAUUUAUUUUUAAAUUCAAGAUAAUAUAUAACCAUCUUUGAAAAUUAAUUCUAAAGUAUUCAUCAUAAUAAUAAUAUACUUUCCUUAUGCUAUUUUGAUUUGAAUCUUAUAAGAGUAUUUGGAUAUUAAAAUCAUCAAUUAAAAUUAGAUUAAGUUAAUAAUUGCAAAGUGCAGUAACUUGUAAAAUGUUUGGAAUGCUAAGAUGGAUAUGAAUUAGAUUUUCAUAAAAAAUAUUGUAUCCCUAAAUGCUAGGAUGGGAUUUAAUUAUUGCAAGAAGAAUGUGAUGAUGAAAAUCUAAUUUAAUUUGAUGGUUGUUAUAAAUGUUAAAAAAGCUGUUAAAUAGAAUGUUUAUUUUGUUCUGAUAAUAAGUGCUAUAUAUGUAAAGAAGGAUGGUAGUUAUAAGAAUACUAGUGUAAAUAGAUUUGUGGAGAUGGAUUAUUGGCUGUUUUAUCUAAUGAAUAGUGUGAUAAUCCUGACGAUUUUAAUUGUGCUGAUUGUAAAUAUUAAUGUGAUCAUAAUUGCUUGGUUUGUGACAAGUUCUAAAAUUGUGAAUAAUGUUUAUUAACAUUUGAAACUAGGGAUGGGUAAUGUAUACCAAUUUGUGGAGAUAAUAUUAUUACUCCCUUUUAUGAACAAUGUGAUGAUGGUAAUGAUAUCCCUUAUGAUGGAUGUUUUGAAUGCCAAUUCUAAUGCUCUUUUGGAUGUAUUAAAUGUGAGAUGAAUAAUUAUUGUGUAAAAUGUGAAGAUUAAUAUUUUAUUUUAGAUACUCACACUAAUAAGUGCUAAGAGCUAAAAUAAAUAAUAGACUCAGAACCAGAAUCAGAAUCAGAACAGGAAGUAAAUGAUGAUGAUUUGUUAAUUCUAUAAUGUAAUGAGAAUUACGAUUUUAUAAACAAUUAAUGUGUUAAUUUAUGUGGUAAUGGAAGGCUUAAUAGUAAUUUUGAAUAAUGCGACGAUGGAAAUAAUUAUGGAGGAGAUGGAUGUUCUGCUUUGUGUUUUGAAGAAGAUUCUUUUAAAUGUAUUAAUCAAGAAAAUUCACCAAGCCUUUGCACUUUUAUUCAUGAGCCAACCUUCAAUUUAAUUCUACUCUCUGAUAAAAGUAAUCACAAUAAAAUUGUAGAACUCAGCUUUUCUUAAGAAGUAUAUAUAUUAGGUGACAAUCUUUUUGAAAAUGUUGUAGAAAUUAUGAUUAUUCCAUAAGCUAAAUUUGAAUAAACUAUAGUUCCAUUAUUAAACUUUACUUCUUAAUUAAAUAAUCCUCAUUAUUAAAUUUAUAUUUAAUUUUUGGAACCUGUUAAAGAGCCAAUUUUAUAGAUAAAAAUACAGAAAUUCUGUAUUUAUAACUAGUUUAAUUUUGACUUAAGUACUAAUUUUAAAUCAAUUUCUCUUGGAACUCCUUUUGUAUUAUCAACAAGUGCUUAGAAAAAAGUAAAUUAAAUUAUCAAUAUGAAUGAAGCUGUAGUUUAUUCAACAAUUAGUUUUGCUGGGAUUCUUGUGUUAACAGGUAAUAACAUUGUAUUUUUCAAUUUAUUAGACUUACUCUAAGCUCUAUCUUAUAUUAAAUAUAUGCAAUAUAGAUUUCCUCCUCAUUUUAGUUAAUUUCUUGAAACUUAUACAAAAAUCUCUUUAUAACCCAUUUUAGAUUGCUUAAAGGUUGAUGAAAUUAUUGCUGAACUGAAUGGAGGCACUAUACCAUAUUAAAAAAAGAAAUCUCAAUAAUCUAUAUAAGUCGAUGUUAUGAACUAGUUAUAUUUGAUGAAUGCUAAAGGAUGCUACUUUUCUUACUUGGCAUCAUUACUUACAUAUUUUAUAUGUUAUUUUUUAUCAUCAAUUAAAUUCUCAUAAUGGUUAGGGAGACGCUUUGAAAAAAAUAAAGAUAGUAUGAAAAUUCUUCGUUUUAUAUCAAUAUUUUAGAAGAAAAUUCAAGCUAAAUGUUCAAAAGUGAAGAACUAUUAUUUCUCAUUAGGAAUUUAUUAACUUUUUUAUUCAACACUUCAUUAAUUAUUAUUUAGUACUCUAUUAUAAUUUCCUGAAUAUACUUUUAAUUCUAUUUUUGAGAUAAUUAAUAGUAUCGCUGCAUUUAUAAGUUUAUAAUUCCUUAUUUAUAUUUUUGUUAGCUUGCUUUCUAUCACUUCAUCACAAAUUUAGGAUAAAUAAAAAUGGAGGUAUUUUUUUUAGGAUACAAAGACUCAAUUUUGGGCUAGGAAUUUCAAACCUUUUCAAAUAUAUAAAACAAUUUUUUAUAUUACAAUUAUUGUAAAAUUCAUAGAAUAUCCAGAAGCAUAAUCAGUCUUACUUUCGAUGUAGUCAUUAUUUUAUUUAAUAUAUUUAAUCCAUUUUAGACCGAUAAUGUCAAAUUUUGAAUUAGCUAAGCUGUUUUGUAGAGAAAUUGUAUUUUUGAUUAUGACAGGAUCAUUUUUAGUUUACAGUUUAGAAUUAAAUGAGGAUUAAUUUAUGUUGUUUGGAUGGUUACACAUGGCUCUAUUUUGUUUCAUGUUAGGCUUUACUUUAAUAGUUGACAUUUUAGAGCAAGGGAAAUAGGCUUAUAAUUACCGUUUAAGAAAGAUAUAAAAGAAAGAAAAAAAUGCAAACCAAAAAUGUAUUGGGAAUAGCGAUGUAACUUUGAAAAAAAAGAAGUGA